CUUCAAGUGACAGCCUCCACCUGGAAUUUCCCUGCCGUACCGCAAAAAGAUUCCUGUAAGGGUAUGGUCAACAAUGUCUGCUUCCAUCCUCGAGGUCGGCUGCUGGGAGGGACAAGUAGCAUCAAUUUUAUGAUUUUUAUACGUGGUAAUCGUCGUGACUUUGAUGGUUGGGCGGCAGCGGGAAAUACCGGUUGGUCGUAUGAUGAAGUCCUGCCAUAUUUUCGUAAAAUGGAAAAUGCUGUACUAGAUGGCCUGGAGCAAUCACCGUAUCGGAAUCGUUCAGGACCUCUUAAUGUGGAACACAUUAAAUUCCGCACCCAAAUUGUUCAUGCGUUUGUGCAGGGUUCCCAAGAGGCAGGAUUACCAUUGACGGAUUACAAUGCAGCCUCCCAGGUGGGAGUGGCCUAUGUGCAGGCCUCAACACGUCAGGGUAGGCGCCACAGUGCCUAUCGGGCCUAUAUUGAACCCAUAAUGUUUCAACGUAGAAAUUUGAAAAUUUUCACCUACUCCAGGGUUACCAAGGUUCUGCUGGAUCCCGCCACCAGAUCUGCCUAUGGUGUGGAAUUUUUAUAUCGCAAACGACGGUAUACCUUCAGGGCCCGUAAGGAGGUCAUACUCUCGGCGGGGUCAUUUAUAUCUCCUCAACUGCUAAUGCUGUCGGGAAUUGGCCCGGCGGAUAAUCUACAACGAAUCGGAGUGGAUAUUGUACAAGAGUUGCCGGUAGGUGUGCGCAUGUAUGAACAUGUCUCGCAUUUUGGUCCCACCUUUGUCACGAACACCACAAGACAAUGGAGCUCGACUGGAUUGGCGGCCACCCUGCCCAAUAUUUUGGGUUUUGUGGCCGGUAGACCGGAUACGGCUUUAUCAACUUUGGCAGGUGUGGAAGCCCUGGCCAUACUCAAGGCACCCUUUUCACCUCUGCCACCCGAUUGGCCAGAUGUGGAAUUGAUUUUUGCUUCCGGCAGCUUGGCCUCAGAUCAGGGUACAGCCCUCAAACCGGGAGCAAACUUCAAAAAUGAAAUCUAUGAGAAAAUGUAUCGCCAAUUGGAAAAUCAGGAUCACUAUUCGGUUUUGGUUAUGCCCUAUCACCCGAAAUCCAUAGGGCGAGUGUGGUUGAAGGAUAAAAACCCUUUGGCCCGGCCAAUGAUAGAUCCAAAUUAUUUCGCAGUCGAAGAGGAUGUGGAAUAUAUGUUGCAUGGCAUAAAGGAAUCGAUAAGGAUUUCCCAAACCCCAGCCAUGCAGAGAAUUGGGGCGAGAUUGUUGAGGACCCCAGUGCCGGGGUGUGAAAAUUUCGAAUUUGCAUCGGAUGAUUAUUGGCGAUGUUCAAUACGAACUAUGACCUAUACGCUACAUCAUCAGGUGGCCACAACAAGAAUGGGGCCGGCAUCGGAUCCCACAGCUGUGGUGAGUACACAAUUGAAGGUGCAUGGGAUACGUAAGUUGAGGGUGGUCGACGGGGGUAUAAUACCCAACCCACCAACGGCCCACACAAAUGCUGUGAUAUUUAUGGUGGCGGAAAAGGCGGCCGAUAUGAUACGAGGGGAAUGGGAGGGUAAAUAG